UCCUACAACCGUUAUUUCUUGCUACAAAUACCCGCCUGAUACCUUGCGGCACACCCAGGUCUCUCCAGCCACCGCCUCCCAUUUUCAAAUACCAUGCGCUUCUCGGUUACUGCUGCCCUCGUGGCCUAUGUGGGCUCUGUUCUUGCCCAGAACCCCGAUUUCAACCCCGUCUACAAGCCCGAGUCCGGCGCAGUGCUGGUCGCCGGUAGCACUGUGACCAUUGAAUGGACUACCCCCGAGCAGUACGCCGAUGUCACUAUCAGUAUCGAACUGAUCGGCGGUGCGACUCAGAACACCCAGAUGCAUGUCGUGGACGUCGCCUCCGGUGUCCCCAACUCGGAUGAGAGCUACGAGUGGACAAUUCCCAGCGACGUCGGCGGCGCGAAUUUCUACGGUCUUAUCCUGACCUCCGAAUCCAACCCGGAUGACUGGCAGUUCUCCAACCCCUUUAACAUCGUCCUUGCCGACGACGCCGACGAGACAGACGACGACGACGACGACGACGACACUACUCCCUCUGCCUCCCCCACCGCCAACGAUGUCAGCGAAACCGUCACGGUUACUACCUCGGUCGGAACCGCCACUGUCACCCUGUCCCUCGCCGAGCCGGCGUCGACCAGCGUCGCCGCGGAGACCAGCAGCAUCGUCGAGGAGCCCACUUCUUCCAUCCCCACCGAGACCUUCAGCAGCUUCGUCGUCUCAAGCUCGGCUGUCCCGACGACCCUUGUCUCCUCGCCUACAGUCGCGCCUCCCCCCUCUGAGGCGGCUUCCGAGAUUCCUUCUUCGUCAAGCCCUGUGCCAUCCGACGACCCUGACUCGGCUGGCGUUACCCACAAGGCUGCCGCUGGCAUUUAUGCUCUUGUCGGUGGUCUGGUCGUUGCCCUCAUGAUGUAAGAGCAGCCGAUCCGUCUAGUCGACUAUUAUUUUGGUCAACCACUACGGCACGCACGACACGGUCCACCUUGCGCCAGCUCUUUUCUUCACUUCU